GGUCUGGAGGAGGUAACAUCCGGAGAAACGGGGCAAGUUGCAACAAAAAUAUCAACAAUAAUCAGAUUUGAUCGAUUUAAUGUUCUGGAUUAAAAUUCACCGGAAACGCGGAGCCAGCGGCGCUGCAGGAGGCUGGAGAUGAAGCUCCGUGAGGAGAGGAAGGUGCAGUGAAGCUGCUGCGUUUCGCAGAGGAAGAACAAGAAGAAGAAGGAGAAGAAGAAGAGGAUCUCAGAGACCUCAAACAGCAUCAGAGCUGAACUGAGAACUUUAACACCUCCAACACCUGGAAACACGGCUGUGAUGGCGAAUCCACUCAGUGUACAGAUGCCCAGUAAAUCGUGGGAACUGAGUCUGUAUGAGCUGCACCGAACACCACAGGAGGCGAUCGUGGACAGCACAGAGAUCGCUGUGUCUCCCAGGAGCCUCCACAGUGAGCUGAUGUGUCCCAUCUGCCUGGACAUGCUGAAGAACACCAUGACCACCAAAGAGUGCCUCCACCGCUUCUGCUCCGAGUGCAUCAUCACUGCACUCAGAUCGGGGAAUAAAGAGUGCCCCACCUGUAGGAAGAAGCUGGUCUCUAAGCGCUCUCUGCGGAGAGACCCGAACUUCGACGCUCUGAUUUCCAAGAUUUAUCCGAGUCGGGACGAGUACGAGGCUCAUCAGGACCGCGUUCUGGAGCAGCUGAGCCGACUGCACAACAAAACCGCGCUGAGCUCCAGCAUCGAGGAGGGGCUUCGCAUGCAGGCUUUACACAAGCCUCAGCGUGUGCGGAAACCUCAGCAGGAGAGCGAUAACACCACCUUCAGUGGCGGAGAGGACAAUGCUGACUCUCGCUCGCACGUCUCACAUGACUCCGCCCCCUCCCACAUGAACUCUGCCCCCUCCAGCCACGCCCCCGAGGCCGGCCCCAGCCGCAGUAAGAGGCAGCGAGGUUCCGACGACUCUGAGGCUGAAGGGGAGAGCCGUAGACCCCCAGGCCAGAGCCCCACCUCCGAGAUAGAGCUAGUGUUCCACCCACACCCCCUACUGGCCAACACGCAGCACUACAGCCAGACCAGGUAUGUGAAGACCACAGCGAACGCUACAGUGGACCACCUGUCCAAGUACCUGGCCCUGCGGAUCGCACUGGAGGAGCAGCAGAGGGACAUGCACUCGAAUCCACAGCGGCCUGCAGAGGGAGAAGUGGGAACGAGGGAAGAGGGAGGAGGGAGCAGCCUGCAGAACGUCAGCGAGAAACAGUACACCAUCUACAUCACUACAGCCGGAGGACAGUUCUCCACGUUGAACGGCUCUCUGACGCUGGAGCUGGUGAAUGAGAAGUACUGGAAGGUGAGCAAACCUCUGGAGCUUUACUACGCUCCCACCAAAGAACAGCAGCAGCAGCCACAGAAAACACCGCCGACCGGACCCUCACAGCCAUGAAGAACGAUAAAACUCCAAUCACUGCAGACUCAGUUCACUUCUCGUGUGACUAUGUUGGGCCUGUAGGCUCUAAACCACACGUGUCAGGCUUCAGUCCUCGUGGGCCGAAGCUCUGCAGACUUCAUCACACGGCCUCAUUAAACACACCUGAUUCAGCUCAUCAGCUCAUUAGCAAGGCCUUCAUGAACUGAAUUCAGAGAGUUAGAUGAGGGUAAACAAUGAUCUCCACAGCACUUUGGCCUGGAAGGUCCCCACUUUGACAUGCCUGGACUAAUGGAAGUUCAGUUCAGAAGGUCGGAGGUUAUUCCACAAGGCAGGGUUUUAAACGCACACUAACAGCUCAAGUCGCCACAGUAUGUAUUCCAGCUUUUUAUAAAAAUAUAAUAACGUUUUACAGCUUUUUAAGAAUUCACAUGAUAGACUACAGUCAUAUAAAGAAGUUUUACAGAUUUACAGAAAGUUUUUUUUAACAGAUCAUGGUUUGUACAUCUGUGUGCACAAAAUCAGAGGAAAAAAAUUGGGCAAUAUUUGAUUAAUGGGAUAAUUUAAACCCAAAACUCAAGCCGGUCCAAUAAGAGCAGAUCUAAUAGAGUUUCCUGUGGGAUAAUCCUCACUUUGAGUUUAAAUUAUCCAGCUUACUAAAGAAACCCUGCUCUGUGAAAUACCGCAUAGAUGCAUAAAUAACGCACACAUGAGAAUUUCAUACACAGCAUCUCCACAGUGUACGAGAACCUCUGCAGCCACUUCAGAUUUCAGAUGAAAUUUAUUGGUAUCCUGUUUAUAAAUCACAUCAAAUGUGAGAUUAUUUGGACACAGAACUUUGCACCACUCUUUACUUCUAAUGAGAUGCACAAGAAAAUAAAAAAAGAAACAAAGCGAAUAUGAUUCAUAUGUGGAGUCAUAUCAUAUCAUCACCAAAAUUAUGGUAUUAUUAUUAAAAUAUAUUGAAAAUGUUUAUAAAACACUAAAAACACAAAUCUUUUCAUCAUAGGUGUUAUAUUGAUAAGUCAGCUUCAACAAAUCAACACUCUGCCAUUAUUUGCACAGAUGAGUAAGUUAGAAAACAUCCCACCUGUGUUGUUCUUGUGCUGUUUAGCUUGAACUACUUAUUUCCAUCAUCACUUUACUUUUUAAAGACUGUAGUCCUACAUGGUUACCAUAAAUCUUCAAAUUUGAAAUGAUACGGUUUUCACUGGGUUUUUAUACCACCGUUUCCCAUUAAAACCAGUAAACGUCCCAUCCCUGUUGUGUGUAGACUAGUUAUCCUCACCUUUGUAGGUCAAACUGGUCGUCCGACUGUAAACACCUGCUGUUUGUGCCCCUCUGUUCACUCCUGCCUUGUUUAAUACGGCACUUCUGUCCUGUUGCUAUUGUACAAAUUUUGUAGCAUUUAGUACAGAUUCUUAAUGACCACAUAUUUAUAUAUGAUAUUGCUUUGGCAGUUUAUGCAGACGAUUGAUUCAGAUUUAUAUAUGUAUAUGCAAAAGAGAGGAAGGUUUAAGAUGAAAUAUGAAUUGAGUUUUCUUCGUUUUGAAUUAAAAGAUCUACCACAAGAA